GGCGGGGGCGGGGGUCUGGAGGAUGGGGGCGGGCGGAACAACGGGCCGGUGAGGGGCAGCCGCCGCCGUGUCCGCCGGCCUCCGGGCAGCCGCCGCAGGGGUCGCGGCUCGCUCGCUCGCGCCGUCGCCGGUUCCAUUCCGACCUCCCGCCGGGAGCCGGCUGAGGCGACGGCGACGACGGGAAGACGCGCUCCGGGGCCCGCAGCGGCGCGGCUGACCGCGGUGACAGCGCAGCCGACUCUUCGCCCUCCGACACCCCAGCCUCGGACGCCGGCCGCCACGAUGAACCGGGGCGGCGGCAGCCCGUCGGCCGCCGCCAACUACCUGCUCUGUACCAACUGCCGGAAAGUGCUGCGGAAGGAUAAAAGAAUCAGAGUAUCUCAACCUUUGACAAGAGGACCAAGUGCCUUUAUUCCAGAAAAGGAAGUUGUCCAAGCAAACACGGUGGAUGAGCGUACUAACUUUCUUGUGGAAGAAUACUCCACAUCUGGCCGUCUGGACAACAUCACACAGGUCAUGAGUUUACACACUCAGUACCUGGAGUCUUUCUUGCGGAGCCAGUUUUACAUGUUGCGCAUGGAUGGCCCUCUUCCUCUACCAUAUAGGCACUACAUCGCAAUAAUGGCUGCAGCCAGACAUCAGUGUUCUUACUUAAUAAAUAUGCAUGUGGAUGAAUUCUUAAAGACUGGAGGUAUUGCUGAAUGGUUGAAUGGUUUGGAAUAUGUACCACAAAGACUGAGAAAUCUUAAUGAAAUAAAUAAGCUGCUAGCACACCGACCCUGGCUGAUCACAAAAGAGCAUAUUCAGAAACUCGUCAAAACUGGAGAAAAUAACUGGUCUUUGCCUGAACUGGUACAUGCUGUAGUCCUACUGGCACAUUAUCAUGCUUUGGCAAGCUUUGUUUUCGGCAGUGGCAUCAAUCCAGAGAGAGAUCCGGAAAUCUCCAAUGGAUUCAGGCUAAUAUCGGUCAACAAUUUCUGUGUCUGUGAUCUUGCUAAUGACAAUAAUAUAGAAAAUGCAUCCCUUACAGGCAACAAUUUCGGGAUUGUGGAUUCCUUAAGUGAACUAGAGGCUUUAAUGGAAAGGAUGAAAAGGCUUCAAGAAGAAAGGGAAGACGAAGAGGCAUCUCAGGAAGAAAUGACCACUCGUUUUGAGAAGGAGAAGAAAGAAAGUCUUUUUGUGGUCUCUGGAGAUACUUUUCAUUCAUUUCCUCAUUCAGAUUUUGAGGAUGACAUGAUCAUAACAUCUGAUGUCUCUCGCUAUAUUGAAGACCCUGGUUUUGGAUAUGAAGAUUUUGCUAGACGAGGAGAAGAGCACUUGCCCACCUUCCGAGCUCAGGAUUAUACUUGGGAAAAUCAUGGGUUCUCCCUCGUGAAUAGACUUUAUUCUGAUAUCGGACAUCUUCUUGAUGAGAAGUUUCGGAUGGUCUACAGUCUCACCUAUAACACUAUGGCUACCCACGAGGGUGUAGACACAACCAUGCUGCGCCGAGCUUUGUUCAAUUAUGUUCACUGUAUGUUUGGAAUCAGGUAUGAUGACUAUGAUUAUGGAGAAGUUAACCAGUUACUUGAAAGAAGCUUGAAGGUUUACAUUAAGACAGUGACUUGCUAUCCUGAGAGAACGACAAAACGCAUGUAUGACAGUUACUGGAGGCAGUUCAAGCACUCGGAAAAGGUCCAUGUAAACCUACUUCUAAUGGAAGCACGGAUGCAAGCUGAACUACUUUAUGCUCUUCGUGCCAUAACUCGGCAUUUAACCUGAUGCACCGGCCAAGGAAAUGUCAGAUAUGUGUAAAGACCUUUUCACAUAAGAUAUACAACAGAAACUGUUUUGUGAUAUAGCAGCAAAAAUUAUUCAA